GAGAAAAACAAAAACUUGUGCAAGCAGCGCCCAACAUGAUUGUGUUCUUCAUCGGUGAUAAGUGGAAUAUCGGGUGGAUUUUUCGUUGUUCAGUGGUUGCCUUCUCGCUGAUAGCGGGAUAGCUCUUAUCUUUCGUCGAAGGUUCAUGAAGCGUUGCAGCUGACGUUGCGUGUGCCACAAAACGCGGACCAGCAGCAGCAGCACCGGAAGACAGAGUUCGCCAACAGCACCGCUUCCGUGGCGAUUUGUGGGACGAUCGGUUGGCAGUUUACAUUAAUUCACACGUGUUAUGGUGCCUACCGUGGCCAGCAUAGUAACGAUCAGCCUCAUUUGCUGGCUGUCUUUGAUAGGGCUCACCAAGAGCGGUGCUAACAACUUGCACAUGUACGAUGGCAUUCGAACGCACGAUAUCAUAGCAGGCGACGUGUUUUUCGAAAUCCUCGAUCCUCCCGAGCUGGAGUACACUUACCGGUUACGACCGGCGAAAGACUUUGGCGGCAGCUUCGGUACCACGUACAAAGCAUCGAGUGGGAAGCUAGUGCCGGCCGUUCCUGCCGACGCGUGUAGUACGAGGUUUGAAAAUGCGGAACAGCUAGUCGGGAAUAUAGCACUUGUGGAGCGAGGUGAUUGUUCGUUUCUCACGAAAGCAAUCAACGUUGAGGCGGUGGGUGGUGCCGCUGUGAUCAUUACGGAGAUAGAUGCCGAGUCGGAUGACUACGACUAUUACAUAGAGAUGGUGCACGAUAGCACGGAUCGUGACACCGAUAUACCGGCGGCCUUUCUGCUGGGCAAAAAUGGGCUCAUCAUUCGACGGACGCUGAGCAAGCUAAAGCAACCGUAUGCCGUUGUGAACAUUCCGGUCAAUCUAACAUUCGUGCAGCCACAUGAGAUCAAUCAGCCACCGUGGUUACAGUGGUAGAAGCGCGCAGCCGCUCCAAUCGACCUGAGAACUGAGAACCGAGUGAUGUGUUAUGAUAUUGAAAGCGAAAGAAAUUGGCUGUCGAAUGCAGUUAUAAAUCGUCGUUACCAUUUUGGGGAAAGGGGCAACACUGGCCACGGAACGCACAUCACAUGACUUUACACCAAUCGAACAAAAACGAGUGAUAUUUCAACAUGAUAUGAACUAUUAAACGUUUUGUGAACAAAAGAUGGAAAUGGAUGUUGUAGCGAAAGUUCUCUGCGUUUCUCGUUAUCAUAAGAUGCAGCAGCGUGCAAUGGUGCUUCUGUUUGCCGUUAUGGUUCUAACAUUCUCU